AUGGGCUCCAACUUGCCAGCGCAACCAAAUCUUAGGGUCACCAUUAUCGCUGCCGAUGGACUAUAUAAACGUGAUGUUUUCCGUGAGUCCGAGAUCCCUCGAGGCCUUUUACACAAUAGGAAUCCUGACAUGUUAGCCCCAGGGUUUCCGGAUCCCUUUGCGGUUGCAACAGUUGGUGGUGAACAGACCCAUACCACCUCAGUUAUCAAGAAGACAUUGAACCCAUACUGGAAUGAGAUGUUUGAUCUGAAAGUCACCGAGGAUAGCAUACUUGCCAUACAAAUAUUUGACCAGAAAAAGUUCAAGAAGAAGGACCAAGGUUUUCUGGGAGUGAUCAAUAUUCGUAUUGGCGAUGUCAUCGAUCUUGCUAUUGGUGACGAUGAAAUGCUUACCAGAGAUUUGAAAAAGUCAAACGACAACCUUGUUGUUCAUGUUCCCACGUCACAAGCCGGAGCUACACGGCCAAUCAAUAGUAGCACUUCUACUUUGCCUGCUCCCAUUCCUCAGACCUCCCCGUCUGCUCCGGCUCCUCCGACCGCUCCCCGCCCAAAUUCCACCGUUCUAGAGCCCCAGGCCAACAACUCCACCUCUCAUUUAACACCUUCACAUCCUUCCACCACAACCGCAGCCGUGGCGCCUGUCAGCACUUCACCACAACAACCCACGGCCCCGGCUCGAGCAAAUGUAAGCAGCUCGUUUGAAGACAGCCAAGGUAGGCUGCCUACCGGCUGGGAGCGACGGGAGGAUAAUCUAGGGCGGACAUACUACGUCGAUCACAACACCCGCACAACUACCUGGAACCGGCCGGCACAGAAUUACAAUGAGCAGACGCAGCGGACUCAAAUGGAAGCCAAUAUGCAGAUGGAACGCCGGGCCCAUCGAAGUAGAAUGCUUCCGGAGGAUCGCACAGGUGCAAACUCGCCCGACUCCCAGCAGGCUCGAACUCCACCCACUGCUCCAACUGCCAGUGCAGUGUCCAUGAUGGCCAGUAAUACGACCACUCCAGGGACUGGUGAACUACCUGCUGGAUGGGAACAACGGUUUACCCCUGAGGGCCGCCCAUAUUAUGUUGAUCACAAUACACGAACCACAACCUGGGUAGACCCCCGGCAACAGCAAUAUGUCCAGAUGUACGGUCCAGAAACCGGUAAUCAUCUCGCAUCACAGACAGUUAAUCACUUGGGUGCAUUGCCAAGUGGCUGGGAAAUGCGAUUAACAAAUACCGCCCGAGUGUACUUUGUAGACCAUAACACCAAAACCACUACUUGGGAUGACCCUCGGCUGCCGUCGUCUCUCGACCAAGGCGUUCCACAAUACAAGCGUGAUUUCCGGCGCAAGUUGAUAUAUUUCAGGUCACAGCCAGGCUUGAGGAUAAUGUCUGGUCAAUGCCACGUCAAAGUUCGUCGUGGUGCCAUAUUUGAGGAUUCGUUUGCAGAAAUAAUGAGGCAAAGCCCAGCCGACUUAAAGAAGCGUUUAAUGAUCAAAUUCGACGGAGAGGAUGGUUUAGAUUAUGGUGGUCUCUCAAGAGAAUUUUUCUUCCUUCUUUCCCACGAAAUGUUCAAUCCCUUUUAUUGCUUGUUCGAAUAUUCGGCCCACGAUAAUUAUACCCUUCAAAUUAAUCCCCAUUCUGGUAUCAACCCAGAGCAUUUGAAUUAUUUCAAGUUCAUUGGCCGUGUGGUUGGGCUUGCUAUUUUCCACCGUCGGUUCCUGGAUUCAUUCUUCAUUGGAGCUUUCUACAAAAUGAUGCUGAGGAAGAAAGUUACCUUACAAGACAUGGAAGGCGUUGAUGAAGAUUUCCAUAGAAACCUGACGUGGACCCUUAAAAACGAUAUUGAGGGUAUCAUUGAACUUACCUUUUCGAUUGACGAUGAGCAGUUUGGUGAGCGCAGGACAAUAGAUUUGAUUCCUAAUGGAAGAAAUAUUCCGGUUACAAACGAGAAUAAAAAGCAAUAUGUGGAAUUAGUAACGGAGUGGAAGAUCCAGAAGAGAGUCGAGGAGCAGUUUAAUGCGUUUCUCGCUGGGUUCCAUGAACUUAUCCCCGCUGACCUUGUUAAUGUUUUUGAUGAGCGAGAGCUUGAACUCCUUAUCGGAGGUAUUGCCGAUAUCCACAUCGAUGAUUGGAAGAAACAUACCGAUUAUCGUGGGUACCAAGAAGAUGACGAAGUAAUUCAGAACUUCUGGAAGGUAAUAAGGAGCUGGGACGCAGAACAGAAAUCUCGAUUACUGCAGUUCGCAACCGGAACGUCCCGUAUUCCUGUCAACGGCUUUAAAGACCUUCAGGGAAGCGAUGGGCCAAGGAGAUUCACGAUUGAGAAGUCAGGGGAUAUUAAUGCGUUGCCAAAAUCCCACACCUGUUUCAAUCGACUCGACCUACCCCCUUAUAAGACAUAUGAAGCGUUACAGAAUAAGCUUACGAUUGCAGUUGAAGAGACUCUUGGUUUCGGUCAGGAGUAG